AUGGCUGGGAAUAAACUCCUCGUCUAUUUACUUCGCCGCGACCUCCGGGCCACCGACAAUCCCAUCCUCCACCACCUGGCCACUUCUGACCACGGCUUCACUCACCUCCUUCCCAUCUACAUCCUCCCCCCUCAUCAGAUCGAAACAUCCGGCUUUGUCGUUGAAGGCCAAAAGUCCCCAUACCCACUAGCCAAGAGUCAGGUCGGUCGUUUCUGGCGAUGUGGCCCCCUACGAGCCAAGUUCCAGGCCGAGUGUAUCUGGGAUGUCAAGAAGAACUUUGAAAACAUUGGCAGUGGCAUGCUGAUUCGAAUCGGCAAGUUUGAUGAUGUCUUGAAGCACUUGAUCAAGUCGUUGAAUGAAGACCAUCAAUCUAUCGACACCGUCUGGAUGACUGAGGAGCCUUCGAAAGAAGAGCUGGACGAUCAGACCGCUGUUGCUUCUGUGUGCUCUAAGGAGGGCAUUGGCUUCAAACUCUGGCAUGAUGAAAAGUAUUUCAUUGAUGAAAAGACACAAGAGCCCUUGCGAGAGCGUCCUCGCCCACCUCUACCCCGUCCGCAGGCCGGAUCUUUGCCUUCCUUUCCUUCAUGGAUCCCACCACAACAAGCCCCUUUUAGAAUUCCCGACGAUUAUGACGAAUUCGAACGACUCUUGCUAGAACCAGUCAAAGCUCCCAUCAUCUCUGACCCUCCACAGUUCCCUGAAGGGGCCAAAUCUGCUCAUCCAUUCAAGGGUGGCGAGACGCCUGCCUGGGACCGUCUCUACCAUCUCAUCAAAUCAGGAGCAAUGACGACUUACCAAGAGACCAGGAACGGUCUAUUGGGGACGGAAUACAGCACGAAACUGAGUGCCUUUCUGGCCAUGGGCACAAUCACCGCUCGGUCAAUCCAUGCGGAACUUGUCAAGUUCGAAGAUGGCUCGGAAGAGAGCUACUCCAGAGGAUUUGGUUUCGGCAAAGGGGAAAAUGAAGGAACGCGGGCUGUACGUUUCGAGUUGUUAUGGCGCGAUUACAUGCGACUCUGCACUUUUAAAUUCCGAACUCGACUCUUUAAGAUCGAUGGGUUUAAGGGAGCUAGUGGAAACUAUACCAAAAAAUGGCUUACAGAUCGUGAAGAAGAUGCUGAACCCGAUCAAAACCCAACUCCAGCACAAGUCAAAGACAUGAUCGACCGUUGGAUACGUGGCACUACAGGCAUGGGCCUAGUCGACGCUUCGCAAAGAGAGCUUCAGCUGACAGGCUACACCAGUAAUAGAGCACGCCAGAACGUCGCUUCUUACCUCACAAAGUCUUUGGGAAUAGACUGGAGACUUGGAGCAGAAUACUAUGAGCAAUCACUUAUUGAUUAUGACACUCAUAGCAAUUGGGGAAAUUGGCAAUACCAGGCCUCGUGUGGCAACGACCCUCGAUCGAGAUCCUUCAAUCAGGUAAAGCAAGCAUUCGAUUAUGAUCAAGAUGGUCGCUUUACCCGCACAUGGGUCAAUGAGGUCAAAUCGAUCGACCGACUUGAGCAUGUGUUUCAGAUUUGCACCUGCCCCAAACAGGAGUUGGAAAAACACGGUCUUUCAGACAAUAUCAUGGUCACAAACCCCCUGAAAAGGAUUGAUUUUUCUGUUACAAAGCCUAGAGGAAACCGGAGGCCGUAUCGCUGGCGAAAGCAGGGAGACCGUGGCCGAGGAGGAAGAGGAGGGAGAGGUGGAGGCACAGGGAAUACUUCUGGAAAUGGUGACAAUCGUCAUAACGAACCUUCUCCUCCUAAUGGUGGCAAUCGUCACAACGAUUUUUCGCCUGCUAAUGGUGGCUCAUACAUGCAGGGUCAGCCAAUUUCAGGAGGCUAUCAACAAAUGGCUUGGCGAGGUAAUAGCCAUGGAUUACCUUCGGGAAGAGGUUACAAUUCUCGUCAGUACAUGCUGGACUACUCUCAGCAACAACAGCAACCCCAACACCAGCUCCAACAUUACUACGCUCAUCAACAACAUCAACACCCACACCCACGUCAACAGCAGCAACAAUUCUAUCACCAAAUACCUCCACAUAUCUAG